CUCAACCCUUCACCAUGAUAGGAGAUUGUCCGGCAUCUCUGCUUGUCUCCCAUCCCACAUUCCUUUCUCCCCCUUCUUGCCCCUCAAUGUCUUGAUAGCAGGUGUCUGGCAUGAUCACAUUGCCACUCUCUUCUCUCUCUUCGUCCAUUGUUCCUGGGAACGCUCAAAGUGGGAACCUGCGCUAUCUUGACUCGAUAGCAAUAGUCUGUGGCAGUGAUAGACACCUGUACUAGGACGCAAACACCAAUAUGUGUGGCAUUCUCGCCUUAAUCCUGGCAAGUGCCUCGGCGUCUGCCAGCGUUGACCUUCAUGAAGCCCUAUACUUGCUCCAACAUCGCGGCCAGGAUGCAUGCGGCAUAUCAACCUGCGCUUCAGGUGGACGGAUAUUCCAAUGCAAGGGAAAUGGCAUGGCAGCAAAGGUCUUCCACGAUGGUGCUCGUGUCGCCGACCUACCCGGUUUCAUGGGCAUUGCACAUCUCAGAUAUCCCACGGCGGGCAGCAGCGCUAAUGCGGAGGCCCAGCCUUUCUACGUUAACAGUCCCUAUGGUAUUUGCCUGGCGCACAACGGGAACUUGAUCAAUGCCAUUGAGCUUAAGCGAUAUCUCGACUACGAGGCUCAUCGACAUAUUAAUACCGAUAGUGACAGCGAAUUGAUGCUCAACGUCUUUGCGAAUGAGUUGAACGAAACCAAAAAGGUCCGUGUUAAUCAUGAAGAUAUUUUCACGGCCUUGAGUAAGAUGUAUGAGCGGUGCGAAGGUGGAUGGGCGUGCACAGCCAUGUUGGCCGGUUUCGGCGUUCUUGGAUUCCGUGAUGCCUAUGGCAUUCGUCCACUUGUGCUUGGGUCCCGUCCCUCCGCGGAUGGAUCGGGGAUGGAUUACAUGAUGGCAUCAGAAUCUGUUGCCCUUGACCAACUCGGUUUCUCUAAUAUCCGCGAUAUUCAGCCAGGCGAAGCUGUCAUUAUCCAAAAGGGAGGAGAGCCGGUGUUCCGCCAGGUUUGCCCUAAGAAGGCCUAUGCACCUGAUAUCUUUGAAUAUGUCUACUUUGCCCGCCCUGACUCCGUCAUAGACGGUAUCAGCGUGUAUCGGAGCAGACAACGGAUGGGUGAUAAGCUCGCUCAGCGUAUCGUCGACACCUUGGGCCCCAAGGCCAUUGAGGAGAUUGACGUUGUUAUUCCAAUUCCCGAAACAUCCAACACAUCCGCCGCCAGCGUGGCGCGAUUCCUAGAUAAGCCAUAUUGUCAAGGCUUUGUCAAGAACCGCUAUGUAUUCCGAACAUUCAUCAUGCCUGAACAAAAGGCUAGACAAAAGGGUGUCCGCCGAAAGCUAAAUGCCAUGAAGUCCGAAUUCAAGGGCCGAAAUGUGCUCCUAGUGGAUGACAGUAUUGUCCGUGGCACAACUAGUCGUGAGAUCGUCACAAUGGCCAGAGAGGCUGGUGCGAAGACGGUGCACUUUGCCAGCUGUGCGCCUGCAAUUACCCAUGCUCAUAUCUAUGGCAUUGAUCUUGCUUCGCCACAGGAACUAGUCGCCCAUAACAGAGACACGGAGUCAGUUGCAGCACACAUUGGCGCUGACACUGUGAUCUACCAGACCCUUGACGAUCUCAAAGACGCCUGUGCCGAGAUCUCCAAAGAAAAUGGCCUUUCAGAGCCCACUAAGUUCGAGGUUGGCGUCUUCUGUGGCCAUUACGUCACACCCGUUUCACAAGGAUACUUCGACCACUUGGAAAAGGUCCGCGGCGAAGGACGCAAACUCAAAGUCGUGGAAUCGGCUCGUAAGGCUGUCCUAAGGGGCGUUGCGAACGAUAUGGAAUUGCAAGUCGCUGCAAAUGGUGUCCAGCUAGAUCGAAACGGCAAAGUUGUCCCUUCCAUAACGGCAAGUGAUCCGGCAAAGUCGACGAAUUCCGCUCAUCACCGUGAUGAGGAGGCAGAUCAUACCCCCCAGGUCAAGGACCGUAUGGAUAUCUCCCUACAUAAUUUUGGUGAUUAUACCUAGGCUAGAUUUAAACGAAGAUUUUAUGUGCUCUUUGUUUGAUCGUUUUGUCUCUCUUGACACGAACAUUAUUUAGAUUUCUUAUCCCUUGCAUAGGGUGGAAUAGGUGAUAGCAUUUGAGGCUGCUUGACUCAUGUGUUGUUUUGUUUCAUUAUUCAGGUGCUGGCUAAUGUUCUCAUAUUCAAUACUAAUGUGUAUUGCAUGUAAUGAGACAGCAUUGUUCUUAUUCUAUUGUACAUACAUGGUUAACUCUUCACGUUCACAAGUCCCGAUCGUCACAAGUUUUUUGACUUCGCG